AUGACCCAUCUGACAGGCCUCAGUGGUGGACCGACUGCGCCCGGUGCGUCUGUGCGCAUGUUUGUGUUUCUGGUCCAAGCUGCUGGUGGUCAGGGUUAUGAUUGGCUGAAGAAAACAGAAUAAGCCCGAAACAGUGCCGUAUCAAUCUACCCGCAUUUUCUGUCGUCCCUCCUGGCUGCUAUUAUGACUCGGCCGACUUCGGCCUGGUAAUUGGUUGCCUGUUCGUGAUCUUUGCCACACAUACGGAGCUUGUUUGCUUUGCGAAGCCAAUAGAUCUGUGUGCGCCCAUUCCUGAUUGAACUCUAGUGCCUAGGAUAAUGCUAUUAGCAGAUUUCGUGUUUAACCUUUGGCUUAGCAUAUAGGUACGCCCAUCAUAAAGUGGUACUUGCGUCAUCUUUUGCUGCGUAUAAUUCAUCACAUCUACUAAUGGCCACUCAGUGAAACCAACUCGGAGUCCCCUAACUCUCCACUUGAAGCUUCAGUUUAGCGGCUCUCCCCUCUGUUUUUAGAAGUCUGUUGGUUAGGGGUAAGUGUCUUAAGGCUCAAUAGUUACGCUCCUCUGCGUGCCUCGACGAUUCCUCGUGUAGAUUCUCGGACAUCGACUGCCGACCAGGUCUUAUCACCUUUUUAUUUAACUAGUAAAUCGAAGCAUCACUAUUGACGCAUUUUGCUUGCUCUCUUAGCUUGCUGUUCUAAUGGCUGUGCUGAAGUGCUGGGGGGGUCAAGGUGUUUAAUUUUCUUGUAAGAAAGACUGGUUAAUUCAUACAAAGGACUUCCCAGUUAAGUUCGUUUGCCUUGCAUCUGCGUCUCCUAGCGAAAUGUUGGAAACUGAGGCACUUAUAUGCGUGUCUGACCGACGGCAGCCUUGGUCUUUGAAAGUUUGAUACCGACGCCGCGAAUCAAGCCUAUAUCAUACACACCAAUCACGUACUGUUGCUUGCCCCUCAACCGCAGGCCUAUUCAGAUUGGUUCAAGUUAAGUGAUCAUUUUUCACUCCUUGGGGUGAGGUUGAGUGUACGAGCGCAUGACACCAAGCCUUCACUUCAUCCUAUCCUCAUCCAGGUUCUAGUGGUGCCUCGUCAACAGUUGCCAUCGGGUCUUCCACUCCGCGUUCGGCUCGCAGCAGCAGUCGACAGACGGACGUCAGCACCGGUGGUAGGAUUUCGGCUCGUCCCCUCUCUCAACACUCCCUGACCGGCUUCCCAAAUCACAAUACUGGGGUCCCCACUGGCCUCCAAGGAGAGCCGAACAGUAAUGCUAGGCGGCGAUCUCUGUCUCGCGGAGCCGCGACAGCAGUGGCAGUAUCUGGUGAACAUCCGGUAAGUGCACCCUUUCUCUCUUAUCCUGACACUGUAUACUUGUUCUCUCUCUCUCUCUCUCUCUCUCUCUCGCCAACUCAUGCACAUCCUGUCAUGCCACAGACUGCUAAAGAGGAGAUCGCGGAUGUUGACUGAAAUACGCAGCCUUCAAAGGAAAUUUAAUUCUUUCAACUGCCCAUUUAUCUCGCCUUCGUUAGGGAAAUUUUAGAGCCUUGACUAGAAACUUGUGUGCAGGUAGGCUGUCCUGUAGGUCUGCCGUGGAGUGAACGGGGUGCCCGGAUAGAGGAGUCGAUUAGGCGCAGGAAUAUGCACCUCCCGUAUUACGGUUGACUUUGCCCUAAAUGCGGAGGGAGGGGGGAUAAGGGUUGGGGUUGGUGCUAAAGCCAAGGUUUGGUGGCUUGGGAUUAGGGUUAGUAUUGGAUUUACGAGGGCUGGGUUUUGGGUUGAGGUUAGAGCUUGGACGGUUUGCGUAAGUGUUAAGGUUAGGGCUGGAUUUAAAGUCGGGAAGCUUGAAUAAGAACACCUCAGGAAUUUCGAGACCACCCCUAGUACUGGCAGAUGGGAGGCCGAAGCCGUCGUGUCUGACUGGAGACUCUACUUAGUUGGACUGUAAAUUCGCACCUAGUUCAUUGUUGUAAGUUGAACUCCUAGGAUCUGUAGCAUAUUUUGUCUCCUUGGCUUUCAUCUUUUGUGUGGUAAAAAGUGAUUUCCUUUCAAGCACCACCAGCAUGCCUGCAUAUGCGCACUCAAGUAGUAAAUAGGACUGCUUUAUCGAAAUUUGUUUUAAUUCUUUUUUAUUUGUGUAAUCUCUGUCGUCGUCGUCGUCGUCGUCGUACGAGCAGAGAAGCGAUUGUCCCCGUCACCACCUUUUGUCACUACGUUUGGUGGGGUUCUCCCCAUAAUUAUCUUUUUCGAGUUGGUUUUGAAUGAAUUCCUAUAUCGUCGACAUUUUUCCGGACGUGACUGGGUAGAUUCGUUCCUUCCAUACUUCCCUGUGUUCCUACAGAGAUCUCCACGUGUCCUUUCUUCGACCCACUGUUCCAUCAAAUAUGCUCUUUAAUCAGAUGUUGACAUUUACUCGAAGGUUUACUACCGAGUUACACAUAUUACGUCACUCUAGCUUGUAAGUUUAGUGACUCCGGUGCUGUUGGUUCUCCGGGCUCUGUGAAGCAAUCAGUGUGCCAAAGACAUAGUCAUUCAUGCUUCCACUAGCGAACGGAAGGUCGGAAGUCUUCUACGACUGAUGACUCGUGAAACUUAGCUUUCCUCUGCCUUUGCUGUGCUUACCGCUGUUCACUUUCCUUCGCUCAACCAUGGACAGAGGUGCCGUUGGACAGAGCAUAAUUUACGGAGGGCAUACGCAGGCAGAAGGGACUCGUUUAUUGUCGUUAAUGCGCGCCUGUAACCGAGACCGACAGACCUCGGCCUGGGUCUUUAGAGUUUACAAACUUUCCACUUCGAUGUGGUUAGUGUUACUGUUGGAAAUUAUAUUCUGUACUAGAUUACACCCAUCCAGCCACCUUGUAACAUUUCAUAAUACAAACAAUUUUACCAUUAUUUAUGACGACAUGGCGGGUAAACGAGGUUCCAUGUCCUUCGGAGCAAUGCUGAAUCAUUGGGCCUUCAUUUAGUCACGCGAAUAGUAAAACUAUUUAUAAUUUUACGCAGCGAUCUCCAGUUUCUGGGUGCGUUACGUGUGUUCCCAUAUUUUAAAGCUCUCAGGUGUUGUGGUAUCCUUUAAACGCAUCGUCAGACCACGACUUUGGCCCAUACUGAAUGCGGCCAGGUGUUUAACAUCACUUAUGGCGUAAAAAGAGCUCUGUCCUUGUGCACCACUGAUGAAGGUGCAUGCCGUCUAAAUCGGUUUUUUCCCUUCGGUCGGUUGAUUCUGUAGCUUUUGAAAGAACCUUCAAUUAAAAAAACAACUAUAGUCACCUGAAAAGGGGCAUUACCCCAUGCCUUUCCAUAUAUCAGGAAAUCAGAUAGUCCACCCCCAGGUGUUCGUAAAUACAUAUCGUUUUAACUGAAAUUUCAGCCCCCCCAUUCUUAACAUACUUAUGGAGCAAAGCUCCUAAUACUGCGUAUUUUGUGUACAGCAAAAGUCGACUUUUAACACCUGUCAGGUACCUUUCUGAGUUCUUUUUGUGGAAACAUGUUUGCAUCUGCUCUUCAGUUUCUGCCGAAGGAACGACGUGGCCUGCCACUAACCAUGGAUGGAUCGCCGAGUUCUUUUUGCAGCUUUGUAGUCCUGUUUUUUACGGAUCCCCAGUUAGGAGACUCUGAAACAUUUUAACGCCUAGGGAAAUUAGACUUCCCACCUAUGUGCUUUCUGUGAAAAAUGUCUGCUUGUCUCCGCUCAGGUGACGCUGGAAAUGGCCAAGCCCGCACGUCCCCUGUCUACCGCCUCCGCUUCGACCGGCAUUGCUUAUGAUGACCCGGGUGGCCACCUGGAGACUCCCAACGUCGCCAAUGCGGACGAAGUUGUCCCGUCAAAAUAUGCAGCGACACCGUCAUCAUCAGCGUCACCGCCGCCGCCGCCGCCACCACCGUUAAUGAAUACCAGCCACCGCAUGUUAGAUAGUGCAGAUCUUGAUCAGACACUGGUCGCGGCAACUGGUCAGGUUUACUCGUCUGCCCCAUCGCGACCCCGUGGGUUCCCUCGCAUUCUUAUUUCCUCUAAUUAUUGUGCGCUCACACCUUUCCUUUUUACGCGGGGAGAGGGAGAGGCUCUGUUACCAAAUGAUUUGGUUAAUUGUUCAGGCAUCUGAUUAUCGUCGUCGUGGUGGUGGUGGCUGGAGACCUGACAUGAGAGCAUGUUUUCCAUUUUUUCGAGAAAGCACUCACCUUCUGUAAACUUUUCAGAAUUGCGGGGCGCUUCUUUGCAUUUUCAGGUCUUCUUCGGUACUUUGUCAAAAGAAAACUUUGUUUGGCACAGGACUAUGGACCCCCGUAAUUCCAGGGAGGUAAGGGUUAGUGCCAGAACUGAAAGGGUUAGGGUUAAAGUUAGGACACGGGAAUACGUACCCCGCUGAUAUUUAGCGUUUGGCCGCCUGUGGUACGGGAGUCCACCUUUCCGUGUCCGACCAUUACAUUAUUUGACGCCAUUGGGUCUUGAAACUCGGAUAGCCGCCUAGUAAUACAUCGGAAGCGCAAACUCUUGCUCGGUCAUUAUAUCUUAAGGAGGCAGGUGGACUUCAUUGUUGAGAUCGCCCACAACGAAGCCAAAGCAGAGACGGCUCAUUGCUGUGGUGUAGUCGUGAUAGAUCAGUCACAGACAUUCCUUUAUGACUUUUUUUAGUGUACCCUAUCACAGUCGACAAACGAUUAACUUGUGGCUCAAGUGGUGGACCCCUUGACUCAAUCACCAAACGACUCGGAUUCACAUCCCAGGUGCUCACAUGCAAUGGAGUAGAGCUACUAUGGGAAAUGUGUCUGGGGUUUGGAGAAUCAGUGAAGGCAGUGUGACCACUCUGCGAUAAGUAUCUUUCAGAAGAUAAAACCAACUUUAACUAAUUGCUAAAGUGCAAUUCAUCAAGGCGAUAACUGCCAAAUUUCGUGGGAUUCUGGAUGCCUACAUACUGACACCCCAGUAUGAGCUUUUCAUUGGUGCUUCAGGCGCUGACGGACUCACAAAAUAGGUAGGGGGCACUGGGGUUACAGAAUUGGGUAAGACACAGGAAUAGACACUCAUUUCGCGUUAAAUUACAGGUGGGUUAGGGUAAGGAUUAAAGUUGAGACACGGGAAUAGGUGUCCCCCUGGAAUUUGGCUGGAGACCGCCUGUAGUGCGGGAGGCCACAUUCCCGUGUCCGACCGAAAGCUCUUUACCAACCGUCUCGCGGGAAGCCAUUGCAGUCGCGUAAGCCUCCUGUACUUUUACUUUGGAGGUCCUGUUUAGGACUACUCAGAGGUAGGGUUCAUUUUCUGUCAGAACUUAAGUAAUGUUACUUUGCGCGUAAUGUUCUCUGACAUAUUCGACCACGUUACUCAUUCCUUCGCAUAUUCUCACGGUUGUAUUUUUUACUGUGUGAAAUUUCGAUUUCUGUCGCUUUGCGGAGACCUCCCCUCUUUCCGUCGGGGAAUUGGUAGGAGAUACUUUUGUCACUCUGAUGCAUACCCUCUGAUAUUAUCGUGUCCACAUGAGUCAACGGCUCACCUUCUUUGCAGCGCACUUCUUCCCCAAAUACACUGGGUGACCGAUCCCAUAAAAUGUCGGCUGAAAUUCUGAAAUGCGUUUUUGACUAGGAAGGAUUACUGAGGCGCGGUUAUGAUACUGACUGUCUUGCGGAACAAUCCUAUAAUAUUUCGGACUUGGCAGGAUGUCACCAUUUGAAUAUGCUGUUUUUAAAUCUCCUGUAGAAAUCGUGUUCAGUAAAAAAUGACUACUUAAGUAGCAUGCAUUUUCUCCACUGAUUUUCGAUGGUCUAGCAAAUUCAAAUAUAUUUUAUAGAAAUCACGGACAAAGGUAUGCUUCUUUCAGUCGUUCGAUAAAGAAUCACGUCAUAUUUAUGUUAUAUACUCGAAGAAGAAGUAUAAUUGGGUUUUAAAAAGUUUUCUAAUUGCCGAAUAAUUUGGAACCCGACUAAUCGUUGCAUUAGCGCUUAGUGAUGUAAGUCUACAAGGCGCAUGCGCUCCGCGUAAAGAUAAUCGCGUAUUCUUCUAUGCCUUUUAAAAGGUAUCAUAUAGAGUCCAUAAAUUUUGCAAUAGAUGCGGACUCUGUUGUACAUUUCAUGAGGAGCAGGGAUAAACGGCCAGGUACGAUGCUAUAUGAAUGGACAUUGCAUGGUUUUAAAAAAUCUCAUAAUUAGAAAUUUUGUAAAACCUAAUUAUACUUCAAUUUUGAGUGUAGAGUAUAAAGAUGACGUGAUUCUCUGUCAAACGACUGAAAGAAAGCAUAUUUCGUUCGCGGUUUCUAUAAAAUAUGCCUGAAUUCGCAAGACCAUCGAAAAUCAAUGUGAAAAAUGCAUUCUACUUAAGUAGCCAUCUUUAUCGAGUUCGGUUUCUACAAUAGAUUAAAAAGCAUUGCAUUCAAAAGCUGACAUCCUGCCGAGUCCGAAAUAUGAUAGGAUUAUGCCGCAAGUUAAUCAGUAUAACAACCGCGUCUAAGUAAUCCUUCCUAAUCGAAAACGCAUUUCAGAACUUCGACCAACAUUUCAUGAGAUCGGUCACGCACUGACUUGCAAUAUUAGUCCCCCCCUGUUGUCUUGCCUUUCCGGUGACUGGUGGGUCGACUUGAUCGUUUGCUGGAAUUAAUUGCCGGUAAUUUAUAUUUUUAGGAUUCUCGGACAGUCGGUUGCCAUCACAUGAUGAAGAUGACAUCGAUGUUCGCGCGUCAAAUGUUGCCUCCACUGCUGCCUGCCUUCUCUCUCAGCUGUCAGGCCAACUCCAGCAGCUGAAUACGGCCGGCCUCUGCACCAGCAGUCAAAUUCCAGCGGACGCGCCAGCCGAUCCCGAGUUUGACCUUCCAGCGCCACCGUCACCCAAACAGCUUCAUUACCUCUAG